CAUACAUUUGUUUUCAGAGGUUUGAAUUUUUUACGAACAUUCAUGCAGUUAUUAAUAAAGGAAUACAAAGGAGGAAGUAAAGAGGAGAGUAUGAAACAAAUCAUCACUGCUGCUUACGAAGCCACUCUGAAAAAAUACCACGGAUUUAUUGUCAAAAAAGUGUUCUCUGGAGUUUCUAGUUUUGCACCAUACAGGAAGGAUUUCUUAUUGAAGAUGGCAUUAGGAAAAGAAGGAAUGGAGGAACAGGUGGUAAAUGAUAUGGAUGUGUAUUUAGAGACAAUGUCACCCUUACUUGAUGUCAUGGGGCAGCUUUAUAAAGACAAGGGACUUGAUACAGAUGACAAAGUGUAAACAAAGUCCCUUAUCCCAUUUACACUAGCUCGGAAGAGGGCUUUUUCUUUAGAAUUGUGUGAUAUGUAUAAAUUAUUUUUUUAUGAUUCUCUACUUAACUUAUUUAACUAUGCACUAAAAUCUCUUAGCUAAAAAGCUUACAAAAAUGAUCUGUCUUUUUAGUAAUAAUAAAGAACAUAUCAAAUUGCAGUAGACCUAUUUAUGAAAUAAAAAUCAUGCAUUUAUAUUUCUUUGUAGUUUUUUUUGUUGCUGAUAUUUUUUUUAUUGUCAUUAUCUGUUCAACAUUUUUACAUUUAUGGACCAUUUUCAA